ACUGCCCUCUUCACACAUCCACCAAACACUCACUUUUGGUAACAGCGAGGUCAGCUUGUAGUUCAGCCGAGAAGGGACUUUUACAAGGGACUGGAGUGUGUGUUUGACUGUGUGUGUGGGUGUGUGUGUGUGUGUGUGUGUGUGUUAAAGUUUGUCAUUUUUAUAUAUGUGUUGGAAGGGAAGUGAGCAGUUUUUUAAGUUUUUAGGGAGUGUAAAGUGUUUUUCUUGUUGUUCAGUGUCAGGUUAUGAGAGGCGGUCAAUGAGAGUGACUGUACAGGUGUAAAGGUUGAAUUCAGGUGUGUGUGUGUGUGUGAGUGUGUGUCGCUGUAAGGAAAGGCCACUGCAAGUUGGUGUAUUUUUUUUAAGUGUGUGUGCAUUGUUGUGAACAUUAAGGAUGUCUAACAAUACCAUCAACUUCUACGCUAUGUCUGAGUCCUUCACCUCCUAUGACAUUAUUGUCAUAGUUACCUACUUUCUUCUGAACCUCGCUGUUGGCAUCUGGUCAUCAUGCAGGGUGAGCAGGAAUACUCUGAGCGGAUAUUUCUUGGCUGGACGGGACAUGGCCUGGUGGCCGAUUGGAGCGUCUCUCUUUGCCAGUUCAGAAGGCUCAGGUUUGUUUAUUGGCCUGGCUGGGACGGGAGCUGCAGGAGGCAUCGCUGUCGCUGGCUUUGAAUGGAAUGCCACCUAUGUGUUGCUGGCUCUGGCCUGGGUAUUUGUGCCUGUCUACAUCUCCUCAGGGAUUGUGACAAUGCCGGAGUACCUGGGCCGUCGUUUCGGAGGAGAGAGGAUCAGAACCUACCUCACUGUCCUCUCGCUGCUGUUGUCCGUCUUCACAAAGAUAUCCACUGACCUGUUCUCUGGAGCCUUGUUUGUUCAGGUGUGUCUGGGAUGGAACCUCUACCUGUCCACUGUCCUCAUGCUGGUGGUCACUGCUUUCUACACUAUUGCAGGUGGUCUUGCUGCUGUCAUCUACACCGACACUCUACAGACAUUAAUCAUGAUUAUAGGAGCAAUCAUCCUAACAAUCACUGCCUUCAAGGAAAUUGGUGGCUACAGCAACCUGGAGCGUGCGUACAGCAUGGCGGUACCCAGUAAGAUCAUUCCCAACAGUACCUGCCACCUGCCACGUCAGGAUGCCAUGCACCUGUUCAGAGACGCCGUCACUGGAGACCUGCCCUGGCCCGGCAUGACUCUGGGGCUCACCAUACUGGCCACCUGGUACUGGUGCACUGACCAGGUGAUUGUACAACGGUCCCUGUCUGCUAAGAACAUGAGUCAUGUGAAAGGAGCAUCUAUCCUGGCAGCCUAUCUGAAGAUGCUCCCCUUCAUCUUCAUCAUCCUCCCUGGCAUGAUCAGCCGAGCUCUCUAUCCAGACACUGUAGGAUGUGUGGAUCCAGAAGAGUGUGUGCGAGUGUGUGGAGCUGAGGUGGGAUGCUCAAACAUCGCCUUUCCCAAACUGGUCAUUGAACUCAUGCCAAGUGGCUUGCGUGGGCUUAUGAUAGCAGUGAUGAUGGCUGCUCUGAUGUCAUCGCUGACCUCCAUCUUUAACAGCAGCUCCACACUCUUCACCAUGGACAUCUGGAAGAAAUAUCGCCAACGGGCCUCGGAGAGAGAGCUGCUACUGGUCGGCAGGAUCGUGACUGUGAUCUUGGUGGUGGUGAGUGUGGUGUGGAUCCCCAUCCUGCAGUCAGCCAAUAGUGGCCAGCUGUAUGUUUACAUCCAGUCAGUGACGAGCUGCCUCGCUCCACCCGUCACUGCUGUCUUCACCCUGGCUAUCUUCUGGAAGCGGACCAAUGAGCAGGGUGCGUUCUGGGGCCUGAUGGUGGGUUUGGCGGUGGGUGUGUGUAGGAUGGCACUGGAGUUUGUCUUCCUGCCUCCCAGAUGUGGAGUCGAGGACUUGGCACCUGCAGUCCUGCGAGGAGUCCACUACCUCCACUUCGCCAUUCUCCUCUGUGGGCUCACUGCUAUCGUGGUUGCUAUAGUAUCACUGCUCACACCGCCGCCCAGCCACGAACAGUUGUGUAACCUGACCUGGUGGACUCUGACUGAAGAGCCACCAAGAGAAAUCCCCCUACAGAAAGUGUCCUCUGUCAGCCACCGUAGCUCCCAGGGCUCUGAGCCAACACGGCGGGUGACAUGCGGUCGGGGGACAGGAUUGUGUAUCUCAGCAGCGCGGCGCUCAGAGGAGACUCCAACUCCCAGAGUUCAAAAUGUUAAAGAGAGUGUGUUCUGGUCCAGGUUCUGCUGUGUCAAUGCGAUCCUGGUGGUCAGCAUUAACAUUUUUCUCUAUGCAUACUUUGCCUGAGUAGAGGAUCAGAUUUAACAUCCUGUCCAACCCUCCUGCUGAACUCUGCCAGUCGCUCCAACCUGAACUCCAGAUCCAAGAAGGUGGGGGAAACAAACUGUGAUUUGUGUACUGAUUUUACAUGAAUCCUUCAUGAAUCCUGCAGAUGUAGCUUCAGGAAAAAAAAAUCACAUUUCAAACUAGAAAACACUGAGAGAGUACAAACCUCUAACCACAAACCUCUAAAUGUAGCCGAUCAUUUUAAUAAAAGACAAUGUUGCAAAAACCUUUUUAAACCUGCAUAUAUCAAAUUUCACAAAAUCAUAGAUAACUAUGGGCGACACAAUGCAUGGACAUGGAGUUUUUUUCAUUGAAGGAAAUGCAAAGGGUCACCAAAAAAAAGGCCAAAAAGAAGAAAGCUCCGUCUUAAAAUCCGUUUAAAAUCCUGAGCAGCGCAGACUGAGUUCAGUGUUGUCUUUAUAAAAAAAUAACUUUAUUAGGCCUACAGUAGUUCUACAGAUGUUAUGUUAUCUUUUUACCACUGCUCCACUAGAGGCUAUUAAUUAGUUCAUACAACCGUUCCGUCCUAUUUGAUGUAACCUAGUUUUAAAGUUUUCGAAGGGUAUUUACAAUGAAGCUUGUGGCUUGUAACAAGCUAACAUGAAUUGCAGCUGGUGCCAAAUAAAACAUGACGCAUCACACAUCAUCUGAAAUGCUAAGCAUACAAAUAUAUUAUAAGAUUUAGGUUGUAUGUUACUCCCAUAGUUCCUUUUGAGUCUAUAUGCUUAAUGGUAAUUAUAUAGUUAUGUUGUAAUGUUCUAAAGUUCUUUCAUGCUAUUUAGCUUGUUUAUGAUUAUGAAUCAGAAUGUCUCAGCCUUUUCUGGUCCCCAAAUUCUCCAGCUAUUAGUUUUUAAGUUGUCAUGUAAAUUUAAAUAUACACACACGUUUGUUUUUUUGUAUUUAAAGUGCAGUUGGAGCAUCAAAAUUAUAUGGAAAUAAUGACAUCCGUUUACGUUUAUUUUUUUAUCAUCACAAAUAUAUCAGACAGAAUUCAAUUCAAUUUUAUUUAUAGUAUCAAAUCAUAACAAGCGUUAUCUCGAGACACUUUACAGAUAGAGUAGGUCUAGACCACGCUCUAUAAUGUAACGAUAAUUCAAUGUAUCAGUACUGAAAAUUGGCUAUGACCCCUUUCUGAUUAAUAACAAGGUUGAGAAUCUCUGUUAUAAUAUCUGUGUUGUUGUGCAUUUGAUUUUUUUGAUUUAGAUUUUGGUGGUGACAUUGAUUAAGUGAUUGGGUGUAAAGAACCUCAUGUCAAUCAAAAGAUAAAAUAUCUUAUAUAUAACUAAAUAACUUGUAUAUUGAAUGUUUUUUU